CCCCUGCUCACAGCCCAGGACGGGGGCGGGCGCUGGGUAGGCGCGGCUCCCGAGAGGGUGAACGGCCCAGCCGCCGGCACCGGCUUCCGCUUUACUCCAGAUACAGCAGGCGGCAGGCACUGCGGCGGGUCUCUGGGGAGGCUGCCGGGGCCCUCGCGUGCCCUCGCAGUUUACCCUUCGGGCGCCUUCUCCGCGAUCCCGCCGACUCCGGCUUUGACCGCGGGGGCGCGCGCCGCGUUGCCGUAGAAACGCCGGGGCCCUGGCCGGCGCGGGGGCGCGCGGGGCGGACGCUCGGGCUCCGGGCGGCGGCGACAGCGGCUGGCGCCCUAACGCUCGCUCGGCCGGCGCGGAGCACGUCGUUGGGCCCCAGCCUGGGGUCCCCAGCCGUGCGUGAGGCAAGAUGUGGAGGCGCAGCUUGGAAAACCGGGAUGUCCAAACCAGACAACUGCAAGAUGCCGUCACAAAUGUGGAGAAGCAUUUUGGAGAGCUGUGCCAAAUCUUUGCUGCUUAUGUGCGGAAAACUGCCAGACUGCGAGACAAAGCAGACCUCCUGGUAAAUGAAAUCAACAUGUAUGCUUCUACAGAGACCCCAAAUUUAAAGCAGGGCCUGAAAAACUUUGCUGACGAGUUUGCCAAACUUCAGGAUUAUCGACAAGCAGAGGUUGAAAGACUUGAAGCCAAAGUAGUUGAACCUUUGAAAGCUUAUGGAGCCAUUGUAAAAAUGAAACGUGAUGACCUCAAAGCAGCAUUAACAGCAAAGAAUCGAGAAGCUAAACAAUUAACUCAGUUAGAAAGAACACGUCAGCGAAACCCAUCUGAUCGAUAUGUUAUUUCACAGGCAGAAACCGAACUACAGAGAGCUACAAUGGAUGCUACACGAACAACUCGUCAUCUAGAGGAAACUAUUGACAAUUUUGAAAAGCAGAAAAUAAAGGAUAUAAAGACUGUAUUUUCAGAAUUUAUCACUAUCGAAAUGUUAUUUCAUGGCAAAGCUUUAGAGGUCUUCACUGCUGCCUAUCAAAAUAUACAAAAGAUUGAUGAAGAAGAAGAUUUAGAGGUUUUCCGAAAUUCUCUGUAUCCACCAGAUUAUUCAUCUCGUUUAGAUAUCGUAAGAGCAAAUUCAAAAUCACCUCUUCAGAGAUCACUGUCAGCCGCCAAGUGUGAAUCUGGAAUAGGACAGGUAUCCACCUGUCGACUAAGAAAGGAUCAUCAAGCAGAAGAUGAUGAUGAAGAGGAUGAAGACUUAGAUGUUACAGAAGAAAAUUAAUUUUCUUAAGUAAACUUCACAUUUUCAUUUUCAGCUUAAAUGAUCUGGAAUCCAGAAUUACUAAAUUCUAAAACAUUAUAUUGACUUGAUAUGUUAAACCUAUAAAUGAAAUCCCACUGAAAAUAGAAAAUAAAGGUAAUUUAUUCUGAGCAAAAAUGAAGGUGUUAAAAAAUACUACAAAACCAGUCAUUUCAACAUCCUAUCUAGCAUUAUAUAAUCUUUUUGUAUUGGUUCCUUUUUUAAAUUUUGUUUCAAAAGUAUUUCAUGUUACUGUACUAAUGCCUAGUGGAGGUUUCAAUAUAAUUAGGUGAGAAAGAAAAAAAAUAACAAUUCCACUCAUGGUUAAGAUACAAUGUUUUAUCAGGAAAGGGUCCUAGGUAGUUCUGAUUAAAUAGAAAUUCUGUUCUACAAAGCCUUUAUCAAAAAAGCAAAGUUUUUUUCCUUUCCUUUUUUUUCCCCCACUGUUAGAACAACUUUAAAUUUCAUUUGACAAAUAAAUUUACUUUUCAACAAGAGGGUAAUUACUCUUGAUUAAAGAUAAUGGAACACUAAGAUAUCAGUUUUUUACAACUAUACAUAAAACAAAUUUUAGCUUUAAAAAAAAGCAACAUUCAACAUUCAGCCCAAUUCUGGUUUUAAAAUGAAAAUUCUGUCAUAAUAAAGCAUUAUACGUGGUACUACAAUUUUGGAAAGCUCUAAUUUGGUGGAAUGUUGCCUAAGGUGGGAAACCAUGAAUCAUUAACAAUUGUAUAAUAACUUUACCAAACUACCAUCUAAUUAUAAUUAAUAAGAGUAUAUAGUUACUUUUAUUUCUGAAAAUAUGGAACAAUCAGAGCCUUCAGUGUGUGUCUGAUACUUUUUUUAUGUGGGUGGGGAAUUGUACUUUUGUUAUUUCAUGGACCCCAGUCAGGCACAUAAAAAUUUCUAAAACUUAUAAAAUAAAAGCAGUUAAUCAUAACAGAAAAAUAAAGACUUUCUCCAAAACUU